CAGUUCUCCUCAGAAGCAGCUCGGCAAGGUUGCAGAGCUGAGGAAGGUAAAGACUUCUCAGAGGACCUGCUGAACCCCACACUGUUGCUGAGUGAGAUCUGUUGUCCAGGUCAGAGACAGGGAGCAUUAUGGAGAAUAAUCUGGAAAAUAAUAUGGACCCACGUUCAGAACAGGAUGAGAUGCAACGAUGUGCUGACCAGAUCACAGAUGAGUCCCUGGAGAGCACUCGUCGUAUGCUACAGCUGGUGGAGGAGAGCAAAGAUGCUGGGAUCAGGACCCUGGUCAUGCUGGAUGAGCAAGGAGAGCAAUUGGAGAGGAUUGAAGAGGGAAUGGAUCAGAUCAAUAAGGACAUGAAAGAAGCAGAAAAAAAUCUGUCGGAUCUGGGCAAAUGCUGUGGUCUUUGUUCCUGCCCCUGCAAUAAGUUGAAGAACUUCGAGGCUGGAGGAGCCUACAAGAAGGUGUGGGGCAAUAACCAGGAUGGUGUGGUGGCCAGCCAGCCAGCUCGAGUGAUGGACGACCGGGAGCAGAUGGCCAUGAGCGGUGGAUACAUCCGCAGAGUCACAGAUGACGCUCGGGAAAACGAGAUGGAGGAGAACCUGGAUCAGGUGGGCAGCAUCAUUGGUAACCUACGACACAUGGCACUUGACAUGAGCAAUGAGAUUGGUUCCCAGAACGCCCAGAUUGACAGGAUUGUGGUCAAGGGCGAUAUGAACAAAGCGCGCAUCGACGAGGCCAACAAGCACGCCACCAAGAUGCUGUGAAGUGCUUCAAAGGAGAAUCCUCUCUUCUGCCAGAGAUACCCACCCCAUCACCAUUGCAACAUCUACAAGGCCGAGGAGGGGCAAGUCCCUGUGCAGUGAUAGGUUCAACAUCUCUGUACAUUUGGUUUGAUUUCAGAAUUUCUCAGUGUAGCAAAAUGUUCCAGUGUGUAAGGUGUAUAUUUUCGUGUCAAUCUGUGUAACUGCUUGCCCAGAGUGAACCAAGUGUAAAAUUUAGUUUUUAAUCUCUGUGCUGAUUGGUUCUUUUUAUGAAUGAAUUAACCUGUAACCUCGCGAUAACGUGAGCAUGAGUCAAGCUCGAUGUGCGCAGCUGAAUUCCAAUUAACGUUACAGCAAAUCCCUUUUCCCUCGUUUAAAACGUCAUCCCAGCACAGUAAGGGAAAGCCCUCAGAUUGGGGCUGCUACAGAAAUCCCAGAGUCUGAAGGUUUGACAAAAGAGCACAGUUUGUAAUGGGGGCAACAGUGUGAGUUCAGUUCGCAGUGCUGCUUGCCAGAGCUGGGAGCAGGCAUUGGCGGUCUUCCCAGUAUUCCUGCCUCUCAGUCACUGCGACUUCGCUGGUUAUUAUUUCUCCAAUGUUUAUGGCCCAUCAUCAGUCACUUGUUCAUCCUGUGAGGCCAAACUCAGGAUUCCCGUUUAGUGUGAGAUGGGAAUCGGAGCUGGGAUCAGAUGGGUGUUGUUCAGAACUUGUUCACUUUAAAGGAACGGCCUUCGUCCACUGUGGUAAACUAUGUAUACCUGUCUGGACAUGCCCCUCUGCUGACUGCUCCUGUGGCUCCUCCCACAGACCCCUAUAUAAAGGCGAUUGGAGGCACUGCUCCUCCCUCAGUCUCCGAGAUGCCGUGCUCCAUUUUGCUGCUAAUAAAAGCCUAUCGUUCACCUCCCGUCUCCGAGAGUUUUUGAUGGUGCAUCAUCCUCACACCAUGGGAUUGAAAUGAGAAAGGAAGUGCCCGUGUCAGCUUGGAAUACUGAUGCCACUAGCAACUCAAAAAGGAAACAAAAACCCACUCUUAGUUCAGAAAUAUUAGUUUGAUACAUUAUCCUACCCCUUCCACUUAUUGGGGGUUAAGUAUUUUGGAUCAUCAGAAAAUUUCAAGAAUGUAAAAAGUGCGACUGGUCAUAGACGAAUUGAAAUGAACAGCACCAGGUUAAUGUAAUUUCUUAUUAAACUCCACACCUGCCAGUUUCAAAUUGCAAAUAAAACAGUCUAUUGGAAUAAUUUCAGAGAAAGUCAGAUGCUCCUUUUAUUUUUCAGCUCCCAAACAAAACCGUUUAUAUAUUUCAAUAACUGAGACUUUACUGUCCUGUAAUGUUGUUAAAUCUGCUUAAAACCAUGUUGUGCAUGAAGAAAUUUAUUUUUGCCCAUUGUUCCUAUGCUGGCUCUUGAAAACAGUCACCAUUGGAUUAUCCCUGUAGCCAUGCACACCAAAUUUCUUAUCCAAUUCCCUCCAGAUGCAGUCACAACUAAAUUUGCUUUAACUAUGUCUCCAGGCAGAAGAUUCUAGCUCAACAAAAUGCUGGAGGAACUCAGCAGGUCGAACAGCAUCAGGACUGAAACGUUGACGGUUUACUCUUUUCCACAGAUGCUGCUUGACCUGCUGAGAUCCUCCAACAUUCGUGUGUGGUAAUCAGGAUUUCCAGCAGCUACAGAAUUUCUUAUUCUAGCUCAUAGUAAAUCUCAGGAUAAAAUCAAACAUUCUCCUCAUCUAGCCCACUGUUCUUCUCUCCUUGAUUUUAAUUCAUGCAUUCCUCCCAUUAGUGAAAACUAUCUCUCUCUCUCUCUCUCUCUCUCUCUCUCUCUCUCUCCCUCCCCUUUGAAAGAUGCUGCUCCCUAUCUCACUCAGAGAUGCUGAGUGUCAGAUGGGGAGUGGAUGACAAGAAAUCACAGUAAACAUGAUCUGAUUGAUGGAGACAUGAGGGAGAUUCAGUCUUGGUGUCUGGAGCAGCAGAAAGUCUGCAGGUGGACCUCGGUGGGCCACAAUGUCUUGUGGGGUGCGGGGAGGUGGAGGGAAACAUCUUUGUUUGUUGCAACCGAUUGAUGGGAUAGAACAUAGAACAUUAUAGCACAGUGCAGGACUUCCAGCCUAAGAUGUUGUGCAGACCUUUUAACCUACUCUAAGAUGAAUUGGACCCUUCCCUCACACAUAUCCUUCCAUUUUUCUAUCAUCCAUGUGAGUCUCUUAAAUGCCCCUAUCAUACCUGCCUCUACCACCCCCCCGUUUUAACUUUGCGUUAGCUCUACGUUAAUCUAAUUCACAAACUCUUGCCGUACCCUUAUCAAUUUUCUCUUUGUUCAAUUCCAUCAGUGUUAAUGAACGGCAUCGCUGGUUGUUAUUGGUCCGUAAAGCCAAUGAGAGUUGAAAUAAAGCAGCAGAUAAUCUGUGUUAUGUACCACUCUCCACCACCCCCCACCUCCCGGCC